AUGGCCAGCACCGGGCAGCCCCUGAGGCACCGCCGUGGGGCCGCGCAGGACCCCUGGUUCCUGCUGGGCUUCGCCGUGGGGCUGGCGCUGGGGGGCUGUGUCCUGCGAGGCCUCAGGGGGCUGCAGGACCCCCCUAGAGCCGCGGGGGGGCCCCCCCUGAGCAGCCUCCCCUUGCCCACAGUGAACAGCAGCCUGGCGCAGGCGCUGUACGAGCGGGUGCGUGUCCUGUGCUGGGUGAUGACCAGUCCCAGCACCCUGGACACCAGAGCCCGGCACGUGCGGGCGACCUGGGCCCGGCACUGCAACAUGGUGCUGUUCAUGAGCUCAGCACCAGAGCCAAGCUUCCCGGCCGUGGGGCUGCCCGUGGGGGAAGGUCGCCACCAGCUCUAUUGGAAAACCAUCCGCGCCUUCCAGUACGUGCACGAGCACCACCUCGACGAGGCUGACUGGUUCCUCAAGGCGGACGAUGACACCUUCAUGGUGGUGGCCAACCUGCGCUGGCUCCUGGCCGGGCGCUCCCCGGAGGUCCCGCUGUACCUGGGGAAGCGGUUUAAGCCCUUUGUGCGUCAGGGCUACAUGAGUGGAGGGGCCGGGUACGUGCUCAGCAGAGGGGCCCUGCGGCUCCUCGCCGCCGCCUUCGCCACCGGGACCUGCACCCACAGCAGCGCCGUGGAGGACCUGGCGCUGGGGCAGUGCCUGGAGAAGCUCGGGGUGGCCGCGGGGGAUUCCCGGGACACGCAGGGCCGGGAAACCUUCCACCCCUUCCCGCCGGAGCGGCACCUCGCCCAGCCCCUGCCCCACGACCGCUUCUACCCGCAGUACUCCUACUACCCCGUGCAGUGGGCCGCCGCGUGCUGCUCCGACCUCUCGGUUUCGUUCCACUACGUGGACGCGGUCCAGAUGCACGCGCUGGAAUUCCUGACCCACCGGCUGCGGCCCUACGGAUACCGGCACCGUUACAACCCGAAACCGCUGUACACGCCAUGACACGCCACGGCAUGGCAUGACACGCCAUGACAUGCCACAACACGCCACGGCACGCCAAGGCACGCCAAAGCACGCCAUGACACACCAUGACACGCUGUGACAUGCCACGACGCCCCUGAUCCCCCCAAGCCCCGGGGCCCUGGCUCAGUCCCACCGGCGCUGCCAGGGCGUCACAGCGAGGGGCACCCCUACAUUCAUGGGGGGGUCCCAGGGGUGGGGGGCAUGGGAUGGGCCCCCCCCAGGCCCAUGUGUGCCCCCACCACCGUCCAACGGUGAAACGAAGCAAUAAAUUAACGAGGAUCCCAA